AUGGAUUUGGAUGAAGAAAAGGAAUUGUCACCGCCAGAUAAAAUUGUUAAGGAUUGCUAUUUUUGCCGCAUAACCGGAACAAUUCUUUUUACAGGCCUAGGUGCUUAUGCUAUAAGUUGUUCAAGGAGGUUUACAAAACCCUCAGAUCGCAUUUUUUCUUAUCUUAUUUCAUCCGCUCUAUUUUCCCUAGCAACAUACAGGGCAAUUACACCAGUGAAGGAAUAUGAAGAGUGA